UUCCCACUGCCAAUGCCGCUGCACGUAAUUAAGGAAUAAAAAUGUGGCAGUGCGAGGAUUCAGCGACCCGCCGGGGAACACCGCUUUGGUCGGGGGACAUGUCUAGCUAAUACACAUAAAUACAUGGACCAUGUAAAUACGGGUUUACAUUGGAGAACCAUGCAUUUGCUGUGUUUCUCCCACUGUUGGCAGGCAGGUAUUCUCCUACAGGCGUCGCACUGCCGGGAAAGCCUAUCUCUUCAUUUGUAAUGUUGCCUUGUUGUUUAGCAUGAUGAUGGCUAGCUCUCCCAUUGGGCCAUGCAUGUUUUUUUGAAAUUGAAGCGACAAUAGUUAGUCACUGUAAAUGUUGUAUCUAAAAGAUGAGAAUAACUUGUCUGAAGCGAAAAACGCAUUCCAGCACAAGUUAAAGCCGCCCGACCAGCUCCAGAGGCUGGCGUGUCGGAGACGUUUUCUAAAGCAAACACGGCGAAAAAGACGCUGUUUAUAUUUCUCUUAUUGAUCGUCCAGCGCUCUGUGUGGGUGAACUUUAAUGUUUAGUUCCGUGGAUUUGCGGCUUUUUUUGGGCGUGGUACACAAUACUAUAUAUAGGCUACAUUUUUUUUCUGGAGGGGAGGGUGGGGAAUAUUCAGAUAACAGAAUAUAACAAGUUUCAGGUGUAGACACGAUUUUGGCACGACGCCGAUACGAUUCAAUGCCAAAAUGUGGUGUGGAUGAAAGGCGGUACGGGCGACACCAUCAAAAACUCCUACUGUGCACACACAGUGAGCCACCAGGAUCAGCCGGAUCAUACCUCGGACAAGCUUAUUGCACCUGUCAACACACUCACACACAGGCACACACACCCAUCGUCAUGGAAUAGCACAACCAGCUGCAGCUUACUUUUGGGUCAACUAUGAGGAGGAUUUUACGGCUUGUGGUGUGUGCACUCGCGGGUCUCUUCGCUGCCUGUAUCCUCGUUUCUUGGCGAAAUGCUUGUGGACUAUUGACGAGGAGAGUCAUGGCAGUGGAUAACCUACAUCACCCCAUCCUAUCCGCCGCUCGUCUUACCGCAGACGGGCUUGUUUUGCAGUAGAACUUCCCUCCUGCAAAUUGCACACUUCCCCUCGAUCCCCCGAUGACUUUACUUCUCCAGACGAAAUGAAGUUGUUGAGUAUGAACUGAGGAUUGAACUGGCGUGCUUUUAAAGCAAAAGUGGCGUACGGAGUCAAUCAUGCCUGUUAGGAAAAAAGACACGUCCCGGGCGUUGGGGCUUCUGGAGGAGUACUGCUCCCGGCUACGGAAGCCAGAGGAGGACGCUCUCCGGACGGCCAUCCAGCGAGUGAUGCUGAUCUUCAAAAGCAACCUCUUCGAGGCUCUUCUCGAUAUCCAGGAGUUCUAUGAGUUGACGCUCCUCAACACCCACAAGAGCUGUGAGCAGAAGCUGGAGGAGGUCACCCACAUGGCCGACCGGUGGGAGAAGGCCGUCACGCUGCCGGACCCAGAGGUCACCCCGACGCCCUGCCCCUCUGUCCAGAAGGAAGAGCAGAGUGAGCAGAGAUGCGUGGAUCCCAGUGUGACGGAGCAGAGUGAGAGCAGUGCCAAGCAGUCUGAGAACAGGCCACAGGCGGUGCAGGGCUCCCCACCAAAUGGACAGCCCCCGCCCUGCAUGAACCCUGCCCUGAUGAGUGCUCCCUGGUACCACUACCAGGACGAGGACUCGCCGGCCCUGGACCAGGGGGGGUUCCCGCGGCUCACAGGCGAGGCCCGCGCCCCUGAGCUGGUGCACGUGUCGGAGAAGAACCUGUCGGAGAUCGAGAACGUGCACGGCUACGUGUCCCACUCACACAUCUCACCACUCAAGGCAAGCCCCGCCCCAAUUGUAGUCAACACGGACACCCUGGAGUCGGUACCAUAUCUCAAUGGGACAGAGGUUGAAUAUGAGUUUGAGGAGAUCACGCUGGAGCGGGGCAACUCGGGCCUUGGCUUCAGCAUCGCCGGCGGGACGGACAACCCACACAUCGGAGAUGACCCGGGCAUCUUCAUCACCAAGAUCAUCCCAGGGGGGGCGGCCUCGGAGGACGGGCGCCUGCGGGUGAACGACUGCAUCCUGCGGGUGAACGACUCGGACGUGUGGGAGGUGUCCCACAGUAAGGCCGUGGAGGCCCUGAAGGUGGCGGGCUCCAUCGUGCGGCUGUACGUGCGGCGCCGCCGGCCCAUGCUGGAGACCGUCCUGGAGAUCAAGCUCAUCAAGGGACCCAAAGGGCUGGGGUUCAGCAUAGCAGGCGGGGUCGGAAACCAGCACAUCCCCGGAGACAACAGCAUCUACGUCACCAAGAUCAUCGACGGGGGAGCGGCCCAGAAGGACACCCGGCUACAAGUGGGAGACCGGCUGCUCAUGGUAAACAACUACACCCUGGAGGAGGUGUCCCACGAGGAGGCGGUGGCCAUACUGAAGAACACCUCGGACGUGGUCUACCUGAAGGUCGGCAAGCCCACCAACGUGUACCUGUCGGACCCCUAUGGGCCUCCGGACAUAACGCACUCAUUCUCUCCCACCAUGGAAAACCAUAUCUCUUCAACGGGAAACAUCGGCGCCCUGGAGUAUAAGUCGGGGCUCCCGCCCAUCUCCCCCGGGAGUUACUCCCCCAUCCCCAAGCACCUGCUGGGCGACGAGGACGUGAACAGGUUGGACGGUUUUUCCUUCUUACGAAACCCAUCGCUAGACGACAGCGACGGUCACAGGUUUGAGUCCCAGCAUUUCCAGCUUAGGCCUCCCGAGCCCGUUUACAGCACUGUGAACAAACUGUGUGACAAACUGCCCUCCCCUCGACACUACUCUCCCCUGGAGGACGACAAGAGCCUCCUCCACUCCGUCCCCUUCCCCACCUAUCACUUAGGCCUGUUCCCCGACACGGACGUCACCAGGGAGCCGCGCAAGAUGGUGCUCCACAAGGGCUCCACCGGCCUGGGCUUCAACAUCGUGGGCGGUGAGGACGGCGAGGGCAUCUUCGUGUCCUUCAUCCUGGCCGGGGGGCCGGCCGACCUCAGCGGGGAGCUGAGGAGGGGAGACCAGAUCCUCUCGGUGAACGGCAUUGACCUGCGAGGGGCCACCCACGAGCAGGCUGCCGCCGCACUGAAGGGGGCGGGCCAGAUGGUCACCAUUGUGGCCCAGUACCGGCCUGAAGAACUUGCCCUAUGCUCACCAUGCCGGGGCCCUUCUCCAGCACCAGAGUACGGACGUUUUGAGGCCAAGAUCCACGACCUCCGGGAGCAGAUGAUGAACCACAGCAUGAGUUCUGGGUCAGGGUCGCUACGAACCAAUCAGAAGAGGUCCCUCUAUGUCAGGGCCCUGUUCGACUAUGAGAAGGCCAAGGACAGCGGGCUGCCCAGCCAGGGUCUGAGCUUCCGCUACGGAGACAUCCUGCACGUCAUCAACGCCUCUGAUGAUGAGUGGUGGCAGGCCCGCCGCGUGACGCCGCACGGGGACAGCGACGAGAUGGGCGUCAUCCCCAGCAAGAGACGGGUGGAGCGGAAGGAGCGAGCACGUCUGAAGACGGUGAAGUUCAACGCCAAGCCGGGCUCCAUCGACUCCAAAGGGUCAUUCAAUGACAAACGUAAAAAGAAUUACAUCUUCACACGAAAGUUUCCAUUCUACAAGAACAAAGAUGGCGACCAAGAAGGCAGUGAUUCUGACCGAAGCCAGGAAGAGAUAAUCCUCUCGUAUGAGCCGGUGAUGAGACAAGAAAUUAAUUACGCCAGACCUGUCAUAAUCCUGGGACCCAUGAAGGACCGGAUCAACGACGACCUCAUCUCGGAGUUCCCCGAAAAGUUUGGCUCAUGCGUACCACCUGCUAACAGUUCAGGGCAACAAGACACCACUCGACCAAAGAGGGACUACGAGGUGGACAGCCGCGACUACCACUUCGUCCAGUCCCGGGAGCAGAUGGAGAAGGACAUCCAAGAGCACAAGUUCAUCGAGGCGGGCCAGUACAACGACAACCUGUACGGCACCAGCGUCCAGUCGGUCAAAUACGUGGCGGAGAGGGGCAAACACUGUAUACUGGAUGUGUCCGGGAACGCCAUCAAGCGAUUACAAGUAGCACAACUUUACCCUAUCGCCAUAUUCAUCAAACCCAAGUCGGUGGAUUCAUUAAUGGACAUGAACAAGAGGCUGACUGAGGAACAGGCCAGGAAGACGUUUGAUAGAGCUCAGAAGCUAGAGCAAGAGUUUGGGGAAUUCUUCACAGCGCUGGUCCAAGGGGACACCCUAGAGGACAUAUACAACCACUGCAAGCAGGUCAUAGAGGAGCAUUCUGGACCCUACAUCUGGAUCCCCUCCAAGGAAAGACUAUAACUCCCCAGCUUCGCAGGGGCUCUGGACUGCUAGAAACUAGUGAUCAUUUGUAACAUACAAUAACUCUAUGGCGAUGAAUAGUCUUCUGAUAUAAUUAUUAUGAUUACCGGUAUUAUUAUUAUUAUUACUGUGAAUAUUUCUUUUUUUUUUCAAUUUGUUCAUUAUUUUUUUCGGGUUUUAUUUAUUCGUUUAUUUUUUUCACUCUCAACAUGAUUGUUCCUGAAUGUAUACCACAAAGUGUUAGACAACGUUUAGCUUCGAAUACAUCAACCGUUUGUAUAUUUUGUUCAUUCUUAUUUUUGCCAAAAAAAAUGAAAGAAAGAAAACAACAUGCAGCGGCAAGCGACAAAAUAAACGUGGGGUUGAUUUGUCCUUAUCGACGCUCUGUGGGACUUCAGAACCAUUACACUGGAGAUGUUCAAGUGCGGGAAAAAUGAGUCUGCCUGGUAGUACCACGCCCUCCACCGCACACGCACACGCACACACACACACGCACACCCCAACCAUCCUUUCCGAUCGGCAGCCCGCUUGCAUGCAAACCUUCAUCAUCAUCAUCAUCAUCCAGAGCCCAGCUCACGUACGUACGCACCACCCCCUCCCAAACUCAUCUCACUAAUGGGAUCUUCCGCGUGUGACACCCUGGGACACGACUCACGGACCAAACAUUUUGCUUUGCUGUUUGUGUGCUCGUUCGACUGGGUUUUGUCUUCACUGGUUUCUUUACCCCCUCCAGUGCCCAGGGUUAAAGUAGAGGAAGUGGUAGGUGAAGGUGUGUUUGGUCGGGUGAGUCGGUGGCCAUGGGUUCGGUAGGGUACUGUCGCGUUAAGGAGGCGAGAGAACUAGAACUAUAUUUUGCUACUUGGAUUCAUUAAGUGGGAAGGGCACAAAAGCACAGAAGUAUUUAUUAAAUAUAUAACUGCGGUAUCUACUGAAGCUUCAUUUGAGUGUUGUGUAUAGUGAUAGUGUCUGAUGGGAGUCCUAGGGCGACUGUAGUGAGUGCAGUGGUGUGUGUUGGUGAAGCAUGAGGAUUGACAUAAGGCAUAAGGGGGACCAUAAUCCAACACCACAUUGAACCCUGUUUUCUGGAACAAAUAUGUUCGGCAAUGAAAAUGAGCACUUUUUAGGAACUUUACAGAUGUGCACUUAGUAAAAAGCAAUAUUGAAGCAGUGUAGGAAUUUUAUUUGAAAUAAUUCCCCAAAAAUAGACAAAACAAUAAAUACCUAAUUUAAAUACAACAGAUAUAAACACAACAGGCCUUCUGCUUCUGCUACUACGAGUGCUCAAGAUGCACUCCAAAGGAUAGAAUCAGCCUCCAAAGGAUGAUAUUGCUGGGCUUGACAAGUAACCAUGACAUCUCGGUGCUGUUGUCAUUAGGGUGAAAUAACGACCCCUUGUGGCCUGAAUGCACAGGUUACUCCAGUACAGCCAAGUCAAUGUUACAUAAUACACAGAAGCGAUAUAUUUUACAAUGCAGCGGCUUGCCUCUACUGGCUUCCAGACCAGCCGAUGACUCAAAGCGUCCACUACAGUAUCCUCUGCAUUGGAUUUAGAAGGCCAGUUAAGCAGAAUGCGUCAACACGAUAGGUUUGUUUCUAACCAGCGGCCGUCUUUAAAGUGCCCUUAAUCAUUGCUCUAGUCCCAAGCCGCAGAAGUAUUUCAUUCAAAACAAAUGAAAAUGACAAACUUACAACACUUUAACCACCUCCCUCUAUCCCCCUCCUUUUAAUUUAAUCUGUUAAAAGAUUUCAGGCUAGAGUUUACCCCACACGCUAUUUGUUUGAUGUGGACACUGUUCUGUGAGUUUGGUUGUUGUUGAUAUGAUGCAAUUUCAACUCUGUAAAACGGGAUUACAUUACGAUGACAUCAGAACACAAAUCACCAUUAUGCAAAAGCCUACAUUGUUUAUUAUUUGAGGUAUGCGUGUGUGCAUAUAUAUAUAUAUAUAUAUAUAUAUAUAUAGUACUGUCUGGCAUCAUUUCCUUCAAGUUUCCAUCAAUUAUUGUUCACCACUUGCCUUAACAGAGUAGGUUUAUAUCCAAGAUGAAAAAUCUUGUAAAUGUAACUUCCUUGAGAAAUGAUUUUAUUUAUUUUAAGAACGCAUCUCAGCUCUGAGUACACCCAAGGUUGAAUAUAAUUAUAUUUAGAUGUAGCUUUGUAUUCAGUGACAGGUUGUUAGAGCAAAGUUUAGUUAAAGGUUUAUUUAUAUUUUAGUUAUCCUAUCAGAUAUGCAUGAGAACCGUGUUUGUGGCAAAAAUUUAUUUUAUGGAUGACAUUUAAAUUAAAGGUGCCACAAGAUUCCCCACAAAAGAAGUCAUCAAUAUUGUUAAAUACUUUAUUUUAAAGUUCAUAGUAUAUUUAAAACAACAAGGGUUUUCUGGUAAACCAGAGGAUUGGGCCUUAAAUGAUUAAUCCUUGCAAUAUAAUAAUACAAUAACCAAGCUAAUACUCACAAGCUAGAGUGGAUCUUAUAGGAACACCUGACUAAUAAUGGUCCAAUCUCCCUUUACCCCUCAAACAAAUUUCAAUUAAAAAAAUGUCAAAACACCAAUAUCAUCCACACCCACUCCGGUUGAAACAGGAUAAGGAAAAUCUGUAUAAACGAAUCCCAUCUGGUCCCAUUGUGAACUCAAAUAAUCGCAGAAGAAAGUGGAGGUGACUGAAAGUCAUUGUUUGAGAAAUGUGGUCAACUCAUCUUAUAAAAGUUAUUUCACAAUAGUUGAUUCCUUAGCAGUUACAAUAUAUUAUGUUUCCAAAACUGCCUUUUUAAUCAUUUGAAAAUGCUCCCUAAAGUAUAUUAUAUCAGGUCAACACCAUUAUUCCUGUUUAUUACACUUUAAUGUAAACAAAUACAUUUUCUGUUGUUCAUAGUGAAUUAAUUUAACAAUGUGUGUAUAGGGUCUCAGAAUAAGCUCACCCAUUUGUUUUGUUUUUCACUUCCAGCAAUAGUUUGGCAACAUUUUUAAAUAAGCAAUUAUAACAUGCAGGAUAUAAUGCAUAGAUAUUUAUUCAUGAGAAAGAUGACUUUGGGGGCGAUGGUGUGUGUAUCUGGUUUAUCCUUAGGACCUUUUUCGUUGAAAUGUCCUUUUAUUUAUAAGGUAAACCAGGGCUUAUAAUGAACGGGUAUAGCCUAUUUUCUUAAUUAAUCAGGAGCCUGUGGGCCUACUGUAACCAAGGAAGCAUCAUGCCCACUCUAAACCAACACAUAUUUCGACAUAGGAGGUGGGAGGACACUCAAUUAUAAUUUUUCCACUGAAUGCUGUUUACUAAUGCUGUGUUGUGUCACUUCCUGUGUUCUGAACCUCUGAGUGUGUGGAUUGCACUCUUACUUUACGGUACAACGUUAGCGGAUAGCUUAAUCUGCUGCUGUUUGCUGUCCACUCUUCCGUCACAGUGAAUAAGUACGACUAGAUCAGCCAUUUGGAUUUUCCAACCACUGAGUUUGUAUUGCACAUGAGUGGGCAGUCCUGGUAUAGAAGGACCAAGAGGUGGUGUUAUAGAGUUACAAUGACAUGAGAGCAGAUUUCUAUCCUUCCACGUUUUGUAUAAAGUGCAAGGCCUGUGAAAAAGCAGUUGAAGUGGUAAAUAGAAAACAAUAUAUAAAACAGUGGUGCCAAUGGCACUUCUUUAACAUUUUGCGAGCAAUUUGCACUUGCUGAGAAUAUAUUUAAAAACAUGUUCACAUGAAACGUUUACAAAAUUUCUGUGACAAAACAAUUCCACAACAGCUUUGUUGUCUAGAAAAAAAAGGGUUGCUUUUGUUUUGUUUGGUUGUUGAUGUUGAUUUUCUUUGCUUGAGGGUUGUUUGAUAAGGGGUUGUUCUAGAUUGCAGUACAUUACAUUACAUUUCUUUGCAGUAGGAAUAUAGUGGUAUUUUCUCAACACCAUACUAUGAAACAGGUUCAGCAAAACCCUGCCAGAGUUCAGCAUAGAAGCCCACCUUGUUUUGGAUUUGUUGCUUCUAAUUACAUGGAUGUUGGUUUUUUGGUUUUGUUUUGUUCUUUAAACCUUCUCGUCUAUUCAAUAUCAAGAUACAAUGCACUUAAAACAAGGCACCGAUAUGCCAUAUCUGAUUUACACAUUUGAUUGUAGCUUUUUGUUUGUUUGUUUCAGCUGAGUGGUUAUAGUUAAAUCUGUGCAGGGCUGUACAUUUUACAUUUAGAUUGAUUUAGCUUCUUGACAAUAACAACAAAACUAAAGGAAAUAUAUGGUUUUGUCUCUUUAUAUUCUGGACAUUUGCAUCUUUUCAGUGAAAACGUUUGAAACACUGAGGUUGUCUCUGCUCUCUGUUGUAUGCACUUCUGGACGCUUUGAUGAAUACUACUUUAAGAGCAUUUGCUGUAUACAAGCCCUUACCACAGCAACCGUAUUUUAAAGAGAAAUGGACAUUAAACAUGUAAAAUACUUUUAAA